CCCACGCCAGUCAACCGCAAUAGUACGCGGGCGGUUAGGGAUUUACAGUAUUUGGCGGCUAUGUAUUUACGUCUUUCUUAAAACAGAUUUUUAUGCCGACAUCAAAGUAUCAGGUGUGCUGCGUUUAAUUUGAUGAGUAGAAACAGGAGAGCAACGUUUAUCUCGCGACGUGAUUGACAAAAAACGGACAAACCGAGGCCACACGUGUUCGAAGAGAAGAAUAAAGGUUUCUCGCAGACUGCCACCUGCCAUCAUCCUCUGCCUCUGCAGUAACAUUUGCCGGUGUCCAGAUGGAGAAGCAGCCCCUGCCAACUGAAGAUGACAAAUCAAGAACCCCAGAGUCAGAGGUUGAUGGCUACGCUGUUGAGGAGAGCCAGCAGGCCUUGUCUGAGCCUGCUGCUCGAGCCGGAUGGAACAGUAAAAUAGAGUACUUUCUGGCUCAGGUGGGAUUCAGCGUUGGCCUCGGCAACGUCUGGAGGUUUCCAUAUUUGUGUCAUCAGAAUGGAGGAGGAGCUUUUCUCCUCCUGUACGUGCUGCUGAUGCUGGUUGUGGGCAUUCCUCUGUUCUUCCUGGAGCUGGCAGCCGGUCAGGCCAUCCGACAGGGCAGCAUCGGAGUCUGGAAGUACAUUUCCCCCAGACUUGCAGGGAUCGGCUACUCCAGCUGUGUGGUGUGUUUCUUUGUGGCUCUCUACUACAAUGUGAUCCUUGCCUGGAGUCUUUUCUAUCUUGGGAACUCGUUCCAGUACCCUUUACCUUGGAGCCAGUGUCCCGAACUGGGGAAUGUAACAGUAGGAGAAUGUGAAAAGAGCUCCCCCACAUCGUAUUUCUGGUACCGUAAAGCUUUGGAUAUCACAGACUCAAUUGAUGACACGGGCACUUUCAACCCAUACAUCGUCUGCUGUCUUCUGGCAGCCUGGACCAUUGUGUGCCUGGGAAUGUUUAAGGGUAUCAAGACUUCCGUCAAGGUGAUGUAUUUCUCCUCCAUCUUCCCCUACGUGGUGCUUUUCUGCUUCCUUGUCCGAGGACUCCUGCUGGAUGGGGCCUUAGAGGGAAUCACUUUCAUGUUCUACCCAAAGCUGGAAAUCUGGGGAGACGUGCAGGUGUGGCGGCAGGCAGCCACUCAGGUCUUCUUUGCCCUGGGUCUUGGCUUCGGGUCCAUUAUUGCCUACUCGUCCUAUAAUCCCAAGAAUAACAACUGCCACCGUGAUGCCUUCACUGUCUCCUCUAUAAACUUCCUCACAUCUGUGCUGGCCACUCUGGUGGUGUUUGCUGUGCUUGGCUUCCGCGCCAAAGGAAAAGUCAUGGAAUGUGUUGUCAGUAAUGUAAAGGAGCUAUCGGAGCAGUUUCGCAGCAGUAAUGUGGACAGAGGCCUGAUGCCAAGCUUCGACUACUCUGUUCCCAGUUCUGUGCAUCUAGAGGAUUACAGGGCCUGGUUUAAACAGAAUGGAAAUAAGAUCCCUGGCAAUUUAACAGACUGUGACCUGGAAACAGAGAUGCAGAAGGGUGUGGAAGGCACAGGCCUAGCUUUUAUUGCCUUCACAGAGGCCAUGUCUCUUCUGCCUGGCAGCCCUUUCUGGUCAGCACUCUUCUUCCUCAUGCUGCUCAACUUGGGACUCAGCACCAUGUUUGGCACUAUGGAGGGCAUCCUCGCCCCCCUCACUGACCGCUUCAAAACUCUGGCCAAGAACAAGACCAAACUCACAAUUUUCAGCUGCAUCAUUGGCUUUCUGAUCGGCCUGCUCUUCACCCAGCGCAGCGGGAACUACUUUGUGGCAAUGUUUGACGAUUACUCUGCCACUCUGCCCCUCAUCAUUGUGGUGGUUUUUGAGACCUUCAGUGUGUCUUGGCUGUAUGGAGCAGACAGGUUCCUUGACGACAUCGAGGCCAUGCUGGGCUGGCGUCCCAGUGUGAUUUAUAAGUACCUGUGGAAAUACAUUUGCCUGCUUGCUAUGGUGGGGUUGCUGGGAGCCACCACCAUUGGCAUGUUCAUCACACGACCUACUUAUAGGGCAUGGAACCAAGAGAAGGCCACUGAGGGGAACCUGGAUUACCCUGGCUGGGCUUUGGCUGUUCUGGCUAUACUGAUCAUAUUUGCCAUGAUGCCCGUCCCAGUGGCGUUCAUCCACGCUGUUCUGAAGGAAAGGACAAAGCAAACAUCCAGAGAUGCAGAGGCUGGUCAGUACAGCAUCGUAAACACCGACGACAAGUGCGAAACUCCCUUGACUGACAUGUCAGAACUGGACCAAAGGAAUGGGACCUGUUCUUCCUUUUCCUAAACAUUGGACCUGCGAUGUUACGCUGUGGGAAAUGACCUGCAGGACCCAGGCAAAAUUUCAGCAGGCCAUUUCAAAGGACGAAUUUUAAUUGUAUCUCUCUCUUUAGUGCAUUUAUGGCACAAAGAGCAAUUGCAGUACAUAUCUAAAAAAUCCUUAUUUUAAUAUUUAAAAACAUUUUUUAUACUUAAGUGAAGCCCAAACAUAUCCAGAGGAUAUUACUUAAAAAAACUGUUGUUCACACAAAUCCAACAACUUUUAAUAAGUCUGUGAUAUGAAAAAUAUGGAACAAAUAAUUUAUUAGCUACAUGCUGUGACUAAAAGACAGAAUUUUCAGUAAGUGCUGAUAUUCAGAGAAUUGUUGUCCAAAUGAGCAAAAACAAUAUUUCAGUUUUCAGUAUAAGCCAUACAGAAGCACUCUCUUGUGAGAUGUACCUCAUUCCAUGAAGUCAUAAAUCUUUGACAGUGAAUGUCCCAACAAUUCAGUCUUCCACCUUUUGCUUCUCAUUUAGUUUUACACAGAAUUACAACUCGUCUCACUGUCUAAAAUGUCCUCUGCAUGUGGACUUUGUGAACCUCUAAUGUGCUGAUGUUUUUUUUUUUUUUAACCUUAAUCAUUGUUUAGCUUGUACAACACAGUAAAUGAAACAACUGUUGUGAAAUAGAUCUCUUGCUUUAGAUUUUCCGUUACGACUUGAGUUAAAACGAAAAGAGGUGAGGCGGAGUUAAAAUGCAACGAUUGUGGCGUCACUGUAUCUGCGUGUAAGGCAGUAAUACGUACAGUGCACGCAGCACCACACAAAUGCUGCUUGGUCCAACUCUGCCCCUGUAGCUGUCGCUGUAGCUGAUGAAGUCCAGGAAUCAUCAGGGCAGAGGAGAUGGAUCCUAACGUGCUACAUGUUCCCCUCAAAUCUAAGAAACUACCGUUACUACAACUACUGGUACUAGUACGAAAGGUUGUGUGAGACUGUUACACCAGGAAAGAGUUAAUUCAGUUAUGCUGAAAAUAAGCACAGCUAUCAGGUACAGUAUUGAUGCUAUUCACUGUAUAGAAGCCAUCUAACCAUAUUUACAGCUCAGCACGGCCGUGACUGUGUUGGUUGUACAGUUUCAUAUGUAUGCAGGUGAGCUGUAUAACUGCACAUUUCACACUACACAGGUAUGUUAACAUUCUCUGUUCAAACCAACUUGAAAUUCAACAGCUGAUGAACAGUAUCUGAAGAAUUGGUUUCUGGCUUUGUUUUACAACGAUUGUCAUUUUUACAUCACUGUUGUGUUCUUGAAAAGAGUUUACAUGUCCGUUUUUACGAUGUCAGACAUAAGCAACAAAAAAAAUCAGCACUACAGUGUUGCAAAGAAUACAGGCACAGGGCCACAAGAACCGGUAGAAGCCUGCAGCCUGAUUUAUUUCUAAAAAAAAAUUUAUAUAUUUUGUAAUUUUUUAUUUUGUUUUACUUUUUGUAGAAGGGCUUGAUCAGCUGACAGCAUGGUCCAAACACUGAGGGAAACUCAAAUUUGUAAUGUAAAUAUGUAUAUAGUUACAUGUAAAAACUCUUUAAGAACGAUUAUUAUAGAAAUUUUUUGGGACUGUCAUGAUUUGUAAAUCGAAAUUUGCAUGAUGCUUUUUGUUUUUGUGCUUUUUUUUGUUUUGUUUUUAAACUUGUUUUUAGGAGGAAACUAUUUCAAACGGCCACAUAAAAACCUCUGAGCAGACAAAAUUCACUCAAGAUGUAACCGCAACUAGAUUGUCAUGUAAUUAAGAUGUUGAUAUUUGGAAAAUAAUUUUUUAGAAUUGAGUCUUUGAUCGUCAUUGUCUUCUGUUUGUAGUAGCCAUUUCUAACUUAGUUUUUUUUUUUCUGUUUAUGAUCAAAAUGAAUUGACCGUGUGGUGCUGUUGAAUGUACCUGUAUCAUUUCUAAGUGCCUUCAGAUUUAAUGAGGCUCAUUGAACAAAAUGUUAUAGAAAGCAUUCCAGCAUAUGUACAGUUUUAGAAACCAUUUCUUUUGGUAGAUUUUCUUUUUAUGUGCAUGCAGUUUGUCUGUAUAAAAUGGGUUUUUAAGGAUAAAAAUGUAAUAUAAUGCCACUUCUGUGUAAUAUAUUGCCAGGCUUUUAUUAAAACUUGCACCUUG